GUCAAUUGACUAUUAAGUCACAACCGUCAAAUUCUAAUCGUCAAGACGGGACGAUAUUGAAAUUCCUAUCCUUUCACAAACAAAAAAUAGUGUAAUUUACAUAUUUAUUAACAAGUUUUAUAACAAGUCCUAUUAUUUGAGUAUAUUAAGCGUCGCAUUGGCUUAAAAUAGUAAAUAUCUUGUCGAAAACAUCGCUGAUGCAGUACGUUACAGUGAUUGUAUACGAGCAUAAUAUAUUAGUGAGCUCAGUUGAAGUCGAUUAAAGUUAAUUGUGAACGGUAUGCAUGUAAUAAAUUAUUGAAUAACAACUUUUAUUAGAUUGUAUUAUAAUAUAUAGAGUGUAGAAUUGGGUUUGUGCUAGUUUCUUAUUUAUAAAAUGGUUCAUGAGAGACGAAUUGUUUACCUCUCUUAAACAAGAUAAUGUCUAUGUGAGAAAGGCUAUUAACGACUUAUUUGAACGGAACAAUAAUUUUUCAAUAGAAAUAUAUUUUGCACGUGUCAUAACUUCUAUGUGAUAUUAUAUUUUAAUGGUCUUCUUAAAUCGAAACAGUAUUAAAGAUCAUGCAAUUGUAGCCAUUAGUUUGAUGAUAUUUUGCAGAGUAGAAUUAUUAUAUGCCAUGUUGUUUGUGUGAUGUCAUCGGUGCAUUGUGUGGUAGUGUGGGAGUGGCAGUAUGAGGGACAAUGGUUGCCGCAUUCACCAGGUGUGGCGCGCACUCUGGAGAGAGCGCAUGCUAAAAAGCUUACAAGAGUAGUGUUAUCGGAUGCUGACCCUACACUUAAGGGUCACUAUGUCAAUCUCCGCACACUCACACAAUGCUCCGACACUCCAGGUGUGUCGGAGUGUGGUGUGCGUCGCUCGUGCUACAGCGUACAGUCCCCGGGCGGAAGAGGCGCUCGCUGGGAGUGGGCUCGCCUCACCGACCCGCCGCGACCGCCCGACCUGCGGUACGACCCACUACCUAUGGAGAUCCAGUGUCGGCUGGAGGAGUGUUGGUCGGUGGGUGGUGACUGUGUGCAGUGGGAAGGCUGGACGGUGUGUCUCACCAGUAUGACCGCCCGCAGCACACGGCGCGCCUCGCUCAGACUCGUGAGGAGGGCGGCUCACCCUCCCUACCCCCUGGCGAGGUCUCCCUCCACUACCACACACGGACAGACGACCGCCGUGCCUCCCGUACCCGACCGGAACCCAGUGGACGGUCGUAGGUGUCGUAUUCCUCAGCAGCACACGGGCUCGAGCGUGCAGUCCGUGAAGUCGGUCCAGUCCGUGAAGUCGGCGCCCGCUCACGUCCCCCCGCCGCGGGACGUGCGACCCGGGGCCCGGAGCGCCUCGCCCAAGGACAGGAAGCCGGGGCUCGCGCGUCAGAUACUACACAAUCUUAAUAUAUUCAGUAACUCGAAGUCGUCGACGGCGGAGAGGCGGGCGGAGGAGGCCGGCGGAGCGCUCACCGACCCGGACAGCGGCAGCACGCGCUCCGGACGCAGACACAGUGUAGACACCGUGUCCACGUAUCUCAGUCACGAGAGUAAAGAAAGUCUGCAGACAGCCGCCGUGGGAGAGCUCCUGAACUGUAGCGCCGGCAGCGACGACGUGUUCGACACAAAGCCCGGCGAGCGAGCGCAGGACGACGCGGGCCGGGCGCCGGCCGCCAGCGACCUGGACCAGCUGGCCGCCGAUCCUGGCGCCGAGGAGGACGAGGCCUGCGUGUGGCGCUGGGUGGCGGAGGUGGCGCGGCCGCAGUGGGGCGCGCUGUGCGGGGCCUGCGCCGCACCGCUCGACACGCACGACGCCACGCACUCGCCGCAGGCGGCGACUCCUCCCCGCCCGCCCCGCCCGCAUGCAGCCCUACAGGAGCGCGUGGUCGCUUUGGCCGCCUGCCACCACGUGCUACACCUGCGCUGUCUACAAAACCAUUUGGAGCGAUUAAGGGAGAACGGGGAGAGUCCGUACAUCGAGUGUCUGGUGUGUGGCCACGAGUACGGGCGCCGGGAGCGCUCGGCGGCGGCCGGCAGCUCAGACGGAGGCGAGCAGCCCCCGGGCUCCAUGGCGUGGCGGAGACAACCCGUCGCCCUGCCCGGACACCCGCCGCACACCGGCUCCAUACUCGUCACUUACAACUUCCAGUCGGGCGUGCAGGGUCCGUCGCACCCGUCCCCCGGGUCGCCGUACUACGCCGUGGGGUUCCCGCGUCACUCGCUGCUGCCGGACAGCGCCCUCGGCCGGCAGGUGCUGGCGGCCCUCAGACGCGCCUGGGAGCGCCGGCUGCUGUUCACGGUGGAGGUGUCCCAGACUACGGGCCGCGAGCACGUGGUGGCGUGGCGCGCGCCCCCUCCCCCCUCCGCGCCUCACCACUACCUCCCCCCUCACCCGCCCCGUCCGCUGCCCGCGCUGCUGGCCGCGCUCGCCAGGCUGCUCAGAGACCACGAACAAUGAUUCGAAUGACAGAAACACGAUUCACAUGCAGCCUCACCGCACCGGACACAUCCACGCUCUACCUGUUAUACACGCGUAGCGGCGCUGCGGCUGUACUAGUACUACUACUAUUGUCAAGUGACCUUAACCACGACGGAACCGUUGAUUUUAAUUGAUGUGAUGACUGUUCCAUCAUCACGAGACGCAAAGGCGAUGAUGGUAAGACAGAGUGGUUAACUUGACGACGAACUUAACUUAACUUGUGUUAUUUGUGAUUUCAGGAAAUAGAUAGGACAAACUGAUCGGUAGAAAUCAUUCCUCAUUCAGAACAAAAACAUUCGAAAUGAUAACCAUUCCAGUAAUGAUACUAGAGUUUUUUAAGGAAAUUAUAAUACAUUCUUUUAUAGUCCGGCCAGCGAAACAAGAUAAAUAUGGUAAACAGAGAAUUUCGUACGAUAACAUAUCCUAAUCUCUGUUUAAUUUCCGCACGAGGAACACGCGUUCAGUAAAUAUUACAUUGAUAGUUUAGACAUAUAUUUAUUAUAAAUCACAAGCGGCCUGUGACGUCACGCGACGUAACGUCCUGCAGCUGUAUUGUAAAGCGACGAAUCGAGCUUGCCACAUACAGAAACACAUUUUACUGGACGAAAAUAUGCUGGGAACGUAUUUAGUAUUAUAUUAGCUGUAAGAGAAACUAUAGUUAAGCCUCGGACGAGUCGGCGCUGAUAGUGUUAAGGUCGAAUAAAAUAAUAUACUUUAUACGCUGUCGGGUCGUCGGUGAAGAGUUGACGGCCGAACACGGGCGACUCCGGCGGCACAGACUAGUGUUAGGGAACAACGAAGUGGGACGGAGGAUGAGGCAUUUAUUACAAACUAAUGAUUAUAUAGAGUUAAGGGUCCUUCACGGUCUUCCAGAGAACAGAGCAGGGAGAGUCACGUUACAUGAGACUGAAGCAGAUGUUAGCUAUUUAUAUACACAAUGAGCUCUUGCCAGUACCGAAGUGCCUUCUACUGUUGACGGUCUCAAAGAAUCUACAAAGAAACUGAUUUAUUUGUAUGUUAUAAGAGUAUUAUAUAAUGUUAUACAUAGUUUAAGCCACGCCGUCUUCCUCGGGUCUUCCAGUACGGAGCGCUGUGUUUGCAUUCAUCGCUAUGUUAUGUUGUCGUCGAACGAUAUCAGUUUAUAAUAUUUAGUAAUAAAAUAAAGUUACGACAAA